AUGUCUGGAAACGAUAAUCCAGGAAACUUCGCCAAUCUCCCCAAGGAAGAGGUUCAGGAAAUUGCGAGCAAGGGUGGUCAAGCUAGCCAUAAUAGUGGCUUUGCUUCCAUGGAUCCGGACAAGCAGCGCGAUAUCGCCUCGAAGGGAGGCCAGGCUUCUUCCGGGUCAUUCGAACCUGGUAGUGAAAAGGCUAGCGAAGCUGGUAGGAAGGGAGGUUCCACCACCAGCAGCUCAAAUUAA